AUGGUUCAGUAUUUCGCUGUUUUCCUGAUUCUCUCUUUUUUUGACGGCUCUGUGGGAACAACCACCUCACCUCAGCAACGAAACGAUUCAAAGUUAAAAGACUUAUGUCAGGUAAGAAAUGCAUAGAGAUCUAAAAAAGAAGAAUUGCGCCGUUUUACUAGUCUCACGUCGUUAUUAUCAUUUACUAAAUAGUACCCGUUACAAGUGUAUGGCAGUUUAUUUAAAAGUCCUCGCUUCAGCAUGAUCUUUCCUCGAAAACCUGAUGCCUGUCCAUUGUUAACUGUUAAUUUUCUCUGAUUCUAUCCAAGUCCAUUCGAGGGGAGAUAACGCGUUAACUUUAACAGUAGCUAAAAACCUAGGCUCAUUGUUUGAUGAGCAGCUCACUAUGUCAACUCAUAUUAACAAGUUAUGUGGUGUUGCCUUUUACCAUUUGCAUGAUAUUAAACGCAUUCGCAAGUAUUUGUCUCGGGAAUCAACGAUACUACUUAUUACGUUCAAACAAUUCACGGCCUUGCUCCUAAAUAUUUACGCAAUUUACUAACAUUUAAAUCGUCCUUAUAUAACCUUAGAUCUUCAGGUAGUAUUUUACUUUCUAUGCCAGCUGUUCGAUCGAAGACGUUAGGUGAUAGAGCUUCUAUGGUAGCAGCGCCAAGGCUCUGGAACUCUCCUCCAAAAGAACUUCGUACGAUUACUAAUGUGAACAGUUUUAAGGCGCAUAUUAAGACUUAUCUUUUUAGAACUUUAUAUUGGUGAGCAAUUUUAUAUUCAGUUCUUACUUACAUGCAUAUAUAUUCAUUUUAUUUUUUAUUUUUAAAUGCGUUAUCUUUUAUUAAAUUCUUGUAAAGUAAUGCAGUUGUAAUGCGUAUUCUGAUCAUUCUCAUGUUAAGCUGUGCACCCGGGGGGGGCACUUUUGGAAUUUCUGGGUGGUGAUGUGCCGCUGGGAGCCUGGAACCCCUAACCUUCACCAGAGCUAGUUCAGCUGAAUUUUGCUACCCUAUAAUAGAGUAAACUCCCCAGAUUCCCCUGUCCUAGAGUAGCUGUGUACCUAGUCUAGAUAAAAUCUUCAACCAACUGAUCAGUUUCCUAAAAAAUGAUACCCUAUUCUAGAGCCAAUCGCUCUGACUUAUAUACCCUAUCCUAGAGUAAACUGCUUGAAAACCAUACCCUUCACAGCGGCACAUACCUAUAUAGCCCAUAUAUGGCAGUACCCCCCCGGGCUGUGCACAAUAAGUUCAUAAAUUAUUAUUAUUAUUAUUAUUAUUAUUAUUAUUAUUAUUAUUAUUAUUAUUAUUAUUAUUAUUAUUAUUAUUAUUAUUAUUAUUAAAUAGGAUUAUGAUGUCCAAUGUCCAUUCCGUGCCUCGAAAACAAGGGAGACGGCUGGCGUGUACAGACUUUGUUCAUUUGAGAAGGAAAGAGAAAUAAUUAUGCGAAUUCUUUUUCGUUGCUGUUCUUAAUCUAAGUAAUGGUGACAUUCAUAAUUUCUUGGAGACAAGGUCUGAAAACUGGUGUGGAUUUUAGACUCUGAAAACGAGUGUAAAAAAUAACGUGUUUUGGUCUGAAAUAGAGUCAGGAUUUGGGGAACCGGGCGGCACAUUCCCACCGAGGAGUACAUCCCCCCCCCCCUUCUCCCCGAGUCAUUUACAAUCGUCUCUGCUAAUUACAAGUCAUCUUUACUUUCAGCGAUCUAUGCUGGGUUUCCCUGGUAUUCCAGGAUCAAAUGGUAUACCGGGAGUGCCGGGCGUCCCGGGGCCACAUGGACCCCAGGGAAGAGAAGGUGUAAAAGGACAAAUUGGUGAUAAAGGAUCACAAGGAAUGCCGGGUCCAAGAGGAGACAGAGGGCGCGAAGGACCCCCUGGGAAGAGUGGACCACGAGGAAUUCAGGGAAUGAGAGGUCAACAGGGACUUCUGGGAAUGAAAGGAGAGCGCGGAGCAGUGGGAAUAAAAGGAGAGCGAGGCAUUGCGGGAAUGAAAGGAGAGCAAGGAGCUGUGGGAAUGAAAGGACAGCGAGGCAUUGUGGGAAAUUCAGGAAGAAAAGGAGACAAAGGAGAGAAAGGAGAAAGCUUCAAAGCAAGUCAAGCAAGUGUAGUACCACAAACCAACUGGAAACAAUGUGUGUGGAAAUCAGGCAUCAGUACUGAUAACGGAAAGAUUAAGGUAAUUAGAAUAAGAAUCAUAACAAAUUCUAAAGGAAAGUAAUUCCUCUUUAAAUCAAAAUAUUUCAAAGAAGAACGUCUCCCUUCUCACUCACCAUUUUCCAUCACAUUACAUAAAUAAGUUACAUUUCUCUCUACUUUCACGGUUCUUUUUGAACGAAAAAAGGAAAGCCAUCUUGGGUGAUAAAAUGAUUCCUGGCCAUAAGGAUAACGAAAAUUGAAGCUAUUACAGAGUUUUUAAAAAUUAGAAAGUAAUCUUGACUGGAGUUGUUAGUAUCAAUCAUUACACACGGUUGCUCGCCUUACUACAAUAUGUUUGAUUUGUUUGAUUUUUAUUCUAGGACUGUGCGUUUAACAAACUGCAGUCUAAUUCAGCGCUCAGAGUCUCAUUCCAGGGAAACAUGAGGGUCGCAGGUACUAGUACUAAGUGUAAUCGCUGGUAUUUCAAGUUCAAUGGAAAUGAAUGCAGUGGACCAAUGACGAUUGAGGCUGUUGUUUACAACUACUGGCCAUCUGGGAACCCUAAUCUGCUGCAUCAUCGGUCAUUUGAGGGAUACUGUGAAAACAUCCCACAAGGCGCUGUUAGAGUGGAAUUAUGGGUAGGAAAGUGUAGUGGCUACACCCUGGGUGAUGCUCACACUGGGUGGAAUUCAGUAUCUCGGAUAAUGAUUGAAGAAGUAUCUAGGCCCCAGUCCUAA